AUGCAACUCAAGAACGGCUAUGUGACUCUAUUGAAGCGUGGUCAGCUAAUCCAAUCCGCGCCUGCCUAUGACUUGCACAGUCAGAUAGUCAAUACCUUCAAUCUGAGCCCGGCCAGAAGCUUCCAAUUGAACCCGGCAGGGACCUUCCAUCCCGGCUCGAAGCUCGUCAAGUUCAACAGCUUCAAUCAAGCCCGGCUCAAAGCCCUGAAUUUGACCACCCGGCUCAACAGCCUGGAUCUCAACAGCUCUGCCGCAAUCCUCAAUACGGCCAUGACGCUCAUUUCAGUCCUGGCCACAACGUUCCUUUCAAUCCCGGCCACAACGUUCAAACCGAGCCCGCCCGUGGCCUUCGAUACGGGCCUAUAUCCUGGAUAUUCCAGCGACUCUAGUUAG